AUGUUCACAGGAGGGCAGCUGGAGCCGGGAUGGCAGAGCAGUCGGUGCCACUACGUCACUGGCGGCACGGCGCAUCUUUGGUACCAGUGCUGCGCUCCACAGGGCUUCAGGGCGGUCAAAGGGCCAACCAUAUGCAGGUACAAAUCUCACGCAAGCGUUGCACGCGCCCUGGGGCUGCAGCCCUGCCGCCUGCACGUCAAGGAGCUCAUGCAAGGAGAUCUGGGAGCGGCUCGAGGUCAGGUACAACCAGGCCGUGCGCGCCUGCCUCACGGCGUGCAGUCAGACUCAGGCGAAGAGUCUGAUGACACUGACGAGCGCCCGGUCGACUGCCUGCCAGAGGAUCAAGCUCCCGACUACCCCGGCAAGCGCCCUUUCACAAAUGCACCCAAGCGCGUGAGGAGCCUGCGCCAGAUCGCCAGGGAGCUGCCCCGCAAGAAGCUGCGCACAGUCGAGGAGGAGGGAACAGCCGCAGACCAGGCCCCAGCCCCGGCCGCACCUGCUGCAUCUGUGGAGCCUUCAUCAAUAGAUGGGGGGGACCAGGAUGGUGAUAUGGAAGAGCAGCCUGUCGACGGGGGGGAUGAGGGAGCAGAGAACGUGCCGAUGGUCCUGGCAGACAUAGCAGCUGCUGGGGAGAAGGUGUCAAACAACAAGGGCGCAGCAGCAGCAGCAUCCGGGGCAAGGGAGGCAGCAGCAGGCGGCGAGGGGCUGAGCAGCGAGGUAAUCGAUUACAUAAGGGAACUGCAGGCGAACAACCAGCACCUGAGGGACGAAAACGCGCAGAAUCUACGCAAAAUUGAUGCAGUCAAGCAGGUUCUUGAAGCUUGA